CGUAGUAACAGUACGUAGUACCAGUACCAGGUAGCGGGUAUCGUACGUAAGAUGAUGCGGUUUAAUCUGUUGAUACAGUAAGUCGGGGUUGUCCUCUUUUGUGAAGGCAAUGGUGSGGAUAAUCCAAAGCAUUCGUACCAUUGCAUCGAAACUAUCAAUGAUCGAUACUAUCCCAUACCAUAGCAGUAGAAUUCAGUUCUCACCUCCGUUGUGCAAAUCACCAUGCAGUGCGGAGCAAACGGUAUCUGGGACGAAACCGGCUGUUUCGUGUACGAGAUAACGGCCCCCCAUCGAAUUUGUGUUCGGAACAGUCCCUGCAGCAGCCCCAAGCCUAGGCAGAUUCAGGACUUCUACUAUUUUGAAUGCGGAGAACUCGUUUCAAUAGAUCUCAUCCGACACAAUCGAGAGGAUUACACCGAUCCCAUAGGCAGCAACCAUUCCGUUGGACUCCAUCCAGGAGCUCAUGCAUCGAUAACCAGAAGACGGAGAAGACGAAGCGACGACGGCCCGUUCCUYCGGCUUUCGGACGGUUCCGGUUGGAUUUUGGCGAGAAGCGACGGACAGGAUUUGGCCAAACGGGUGUAUGUCGAAGACGCGAAUCAUGACUCGGACGAAAAGCGAUCGCGAACCCCCUUUUGGAACUUUCGGGCGGACAACUUACCCCUUGGGAUAGAGCUGCGCCGGCACCCCAACGAAGAGCUCCGGAAUCCAAACGACACCAAUCGAUUUUCGUCUCCUGRUAGCGGAGGUAUUCGAUACCUCCCCAUGCAACGAAUCGUCUGCGACCGGAAAAUCACCACCGCAAGCGGUGUGAGUUUUUUCCGGGUUCAGGGGACUUGUGGCUGGGUCUUUGAUCGGCGCAGCAGCAACGGUAGCAACCACACGGGGCAAGAACCCUACCGCGAAAUGAUGAUCCGAGACGAUCUCGUCGACACCGGUCUCUUUGCCUUUCGGGUCACUUCCACCGAACCAAUUGCCGUUCGGAGAUCUUGCCACGUGGGGGAUGGACCCAACAACCUAGGACCCACMGUGGUCCAACACGGGGACACCCUUUUGGUCGAUGUGGUCCGUCGAUCACCCUUGCAAGAUGYCAACGGCAACGGUCCAUUUCUUCGCYUGGUCGAUGGAUCCGGAUGGUUGUUCCAGCACAGGCGCGGUGUGCCCGGGUCRCUUCUCGAAGAGGUGCCGAUCGAAAACGGAGUUUUUCGUCUGAGAAUCCUCCAGGUUCCGGACCACACAGCAACAAACCACGGUCAGCCCUUCUUGGAUCGCUACCAACACCGGGGUCUUUCUUCCAAAGUCACAAACAAUUACAACAGCAACAAUAACCUUUCUCCRAGAUUGAAACAGGGCGAAAUUGUUUCGUGCGACCGMAAAGUAGUUGUGCCGAGUCCAACAUCCUCUGCUGRGAUUUGUUGGUGUCGRCAAGUAGGUACUGAUCAAUGGAUUAUGGUGAAACAGCAGACGAAUGAGGACGACGAUGAAGACAUGCAUGRUGGAGGACAUAUCGUUGCAGAAAUUGUUCCCGARCCAGAGCAYCCCGCAUCGUUCUUGCGGGAGAGAACGGCCGGGGACGUCCGCAAKCGUGAAACAUACGCCUCAAGCAACGGAGCCAAACGUCUUCAACAGCAACCUUGGAGUCCGCGUCUUGUUCGGAGUUAUGCAUGCAUGGUUCCUGGACUUGAGGAAAUCGGAUUCGAUCGUCAGCACCAAAUCCUCUCUUUUAAGAGCAGCAAUGGCGUAAUCUUUAAUAUUUACUGCGAAAACCGAGUGAUCGGGAUACUCUCGGUCAGAGAGAACACGAUACAAGGCYGUGUUCAGCGGUAUCAUCGAAACUGUAGUGAUUUGGAACUGAGAGAAAUCCUUCAAGAUACCAMAACCUGUCGAGGAGAGGGAGUUCAUCGAUGCRACAAGCGUGCUCGAUCCUUUAUGCCUCCAUCUCCGAUCCGUACUCGAUUUUUGGCUGAUGAAGAGGACUGCAACAAUAGCGAAGAGUUAUCGUUGAGAGAAAACCAAAACAUCAUCACCCCGGAUACAUCCUCUAGCAGCAGCGCGAUUGGAACUGGGUUUGAAAUGCACCAAGAUUACAACAAAGACGACGAUACCAUCGAUACCGAACUCGAGUGUCGAAKGGAUCUAGURGAUUGCCAGAGGAAGAUCCAAAAUCUGUUKUACCGACAGGGAAACAUUUUGAGGGCCAUUAAAGUGUACGAAGAAGAGCGGAUGCGCGAUGCCGAGGCAAUGAGAGCCAAGWCUGAACGAAUCAGGAUCGAACACAGGGAAAACCAACGACAAGUCGAGCAGCUCCAACAUCAGCGACGARUCGAAGRAGAUGACCSACAGGCACGAUGGAGACGGACCUGUCGGCAAUUGGUGUCCGAAAAUGUAUUUGUGGGGGCUUUCGUUGGGGGCGUUGUUGGACUUGUACUGAGUCCAUACUGCGGCCCCUUGCUGGUGCAGAAACUCGGAUUGCAGCACCUAUAGCGAAUACUAUGAGGCGAUAAGGAGAAUCAACUACCAACUUAGUU